GAAGAGAAACUCAAAACAGAGGCUUUCUUUGCUUUGCCACGCCCAUGCCUGAAAACAAACCCCAAUAACGACAACCCAUUCCUCAAAUUCAGAUUUCAACACUACCCAUUUAGUUCUUUUUUCGUUCAACCGUAAGAGACCAUGAAGAAAAUUAGAGGCUUCAAGCUAGUGAAGGUUUUCAAAUGGAUAAUCCGACCCGGGAGUAGAAAUUUCGGUGAUGGAUCAUUGGGACAUCAGACGACGACAGGAAGCUAUAACCCGUUUUCCAAAAUCCGCUCUUUCACCCGGUUUCUUCGAUGUUGGCUUUGUGAUUCGAAUUCAGAUUCCGGCUAUAUCCGAUUGGGUGAGGAGGGGACGGAGAGUUGGGUACCCAAGGGGCAUCUUGCCGUGUACGUGGGCGAAUCAGAAAGAGACACGACGAGGGUUGUAGUGCCUGUGAUUUACUUAAAUCACCCGCUAUUUGGAGAGUUAUUGAAGGAUUCGGAGCGGGUAUACGGGUUCGAUCAAUCGGGUGGGAUCGCGUUGCCUUGUGGGAUUUCGGAGUUUGAGAAGGUUAAAAAGAGAAUCGCCGAUUGCCGACGGAGAACACACCGUCGCUGUUAAAUGAUCUCUUCCACUCGUUGACCAAACUGGAUAGAUUUCCCGUGAAUAUUGUAGUAGAACCAAAUUGAUAUAAUAAGAGACAUUCCU